UGUCAUCAAUAUUUUAGUUACUCACGACGGAAUUGUUCUUCAUACCAUUUCAUCUCGGUGUAAUUAAUAUUUCUUUGUUUUUUAGUUCUAUUUUGAAAAAUGGCUGAUAUCGAAGAUACUCACUUUGACACUGGAGACUCUGGUGCUUCUACAACGUACCCUAUGCAAUGUUCGGCUUUACGAAAGAAUGGUUUUGUCAUGUUGAAAGCUCGUCCAUGCAAAAUUGUGGAUAUGUCUACAUCAAAGACUGGUAAGCAUGGACAUGCCAAGGUUCAUUUAGUUGGCCUAGAUAUUUUUUCUGGUAAGAAGUAUGAAGAUAUAUGCCCGUCCACCCACAAUAUGGAUGUUCCAUUUGUAAAACGUGAAGAUUAUCAGUUGACUGACAUAUCUGAUGAUGGCUAUUUGUGUUUGAUGUCUGACAAUGGUGAUUUGCGUGAAGACUUGAAGAUUCCUGAAGGUGAUAUUGGUGUACAAUUGAAAAAUGAAUAUGACAAUGGAAAAGAGCUUUUGUGUACUGUUUUGAAAUCCUGUGGUGAAGAAUGUGUAAUUGCCAUUAAAACAAACACUGCUUUGGAUAAAUAAUGCUUGCAGAUGACUAAUAUGUCGGAUGAGCAGAACAUUUCUUUUAAUAUUUUUUUUUUUUCUUAGUGGCUAAACAAUUUUCAAAUUCUUUUUUUUAAUACUUAAACCCUAUAAGAACAUUCAUUACUUGUAAACUGUUACUAAUUAUGUAAUUAAACAAUCUCAUCAGUUUUUAAAUUUUAACCCAUAAUUGGAGAGAAAAAAAUUAUGGUAUUUAUAUUUAGGAAAAAUAAUUAUUAUUUUUACUUUUUAAAAGUUGUUAAAGUAUGAACAAUGGGUUGAAUCAGAUUUUGAAAUAUAAAUAGCUAAGUCACUAAUGUUAAA